AUUUAUCUAACAGGCAGGCUUAUAAACACUUAGCUACUCCUUUGUAAAAAAUCAAACAAAAAACAAUCAUAUUGUCUGAAACAGGAGUUUGUCUGAAACAGGAGUACAUACGGUAGCUAGAUACUUUAGUUUUCGAUGAGAGAAAAAACGAUCCAAUCAAGCCUACGUCACUGCUCAAAAAGUAGCGGGGCCCUUACACUCCUCGCAACUGUAUAUCAACCGUUGCCACCACUGAGGAAACAUCCUUAUCCAUGUAAAAAUGUCUGGAGACAACGUGGAAGACCAAGUUAAUCAUGCAUCUAACAGCAAAGGCAUCUCUCUUCCAAUGACUCGCGUGAAAUUGAUCAUGAAAAGUUCUCCCGACGUCUCAAGCAUCAACCAAGAGGCUCUUCUCCUCACCACCAAAGCAACAGAACUGUUCGUUCAGCACUUGGCUCUGUCCUCGUUCAACAAUGGAUCAGGGAAAGACAAUAAGACACUCCUCUACAGUGAUCUGGCCAAUACUGUUGAGGAGACUGAGACUUUUCAGUUUCUCACAGAUAUCCUACCAAAGAAGAUCUUCGCUCGGGAUUACCUGAAGCUCAUAGAGGAAAAUCCAAUUGAGGAAGCAGACAAUUGAAAAGACAUGCAACCCUUACAGCAAUAGUGGUUGCUAGCAUGUAGUCUGUUGAAGCGUUUUUCUCCAGCUCAUUCCUGAAUUAGACCACAUCCAUACUACUUCCAGGCGAUGGCAUUGUGUAGGCCUACAUCUUCUCUGAGCCGUACUAGAGUAUAUUAUGUUUACUACCAUUAGUUGCCCAGUCAUCCAGAUGCUGGGCAUCCAGUUUAGGGUCAGAAAGAAUCACUAUGUGAAUUGACUACAGAUAAAGCAUUAAAAUCAUAUGUUGACCAUGAUACCAACCCCAUAUUCCCCCCCACAGCAAUCACCUUCUGCCGAAGAGAAACGUCUGUGCUCCCCCUGGUUUUGUUACCAAUCGGUGCAAAUAGUGCAGGCUUUCAUUUGUUUUGGGCAUUAUUUUUCUACACAAGAUCUUGAAGCAAAGGGUGAACAAAUCAGGUGCUUAAAAAAAAAUAUAUAUAUUCCAUACAAGCGAUGCAGUUCUCAGGUCAAAGCAAAUUGACUCAUUGGUUGUGUCCUUUUUAUAAAGAGGAACCCCUAUGCACGGUCUUUGCUAAUGCUGACUAUCUACUUGAUAUUUGACUUUUGUAUGAUAUACCUUUCAUUCAUGAACAAUGUUAACUAAUCUGUAGAGAUAUAGAUAUGCAAACCAAUUCCUUUUAGCUAUGUGACUUGAGUAAAAAAAGUACAACUUUUGCUGUGUUUAGUGUGAUCUAUAUUACUCAGUCAAACCCAUAGGUAGUUUCAGUACUGGGUGGUUACAGGCAGCACCAAUUUAAUAAUGAAAAUCUCAUUUCAUUUUUUAGUAACGGCUCCUCUCAGAUUGUGAUGAAUUUACAUGAGGAUCGGCACUGCCACAUGUAGGUUUUCAUGUGAAGACUUUGGACUUAAAUAAAACAUUCAUCACACAGACUUAAUGCUACAUUUAUUAAAUCAAAGUCUAAAUAUGCUACUGUGUGUUUGUGCGGUUGAACUACGAAGCAGGCUACUGUAACUGCUAGCAUGUACUGUCUCAAGAAUGGAAAGAAUGCACUGAACUUGUGCACUAACCGCUGUGUAUAUAUUUUCUACAAGUGUUUGUAACAGCAAUUACAUCCCACCUAACAAUUAAAAGACUUGCCUUUUGUAUGUUUUUUUGUUCCAUAAUUUAGUUUUGUUAAUGAAAAUAAAAUCUUCAUGCUAUACAGACUAUA